AACUGGCCAAACUAUAUAUAGAAUUCUGAAGAAGAGGGCUGCAAUGUUUGUUAAGAUAAUUUACAUCCUCCUCCUUUCUGUCUUACUUUUGUGUGAAGUUUCCUCAUCAAGCUGUGACGCUACAAAUGGAAACGAGGAUCAACAUUGCUCAAAGAGAUAUUCAGAAAUAGAUAGCGAGGUGCGGAUGUUACUAAUCGGUAAGACUGGCGUUGGAAAAAGUACCACUGGCAACACCAUACUAGGAUUUCCUGCAUUUAGUACAAAAGUAUCUGCAACCUCUGUUACAGUUAAAACACAAUACAAUGAAUCAGAGAGAUUCGAUAAAAAGUUAGUCGUUAUAGAUACGCCAGGACUUUUUGAUACAAAUCGAACAAAAGAAGAAGUUCUAAUAGAAAUUUCAAAAUGGUAUUCCCUAGCAUCUCCUGGUAUUCACGCUAUAAUCUUAGUUGUUCAAGUCGGGAGAUUUACUGAAGAAGAACAGAAGACUGUCGAUUUUUUCAUGAAAGCUUUUGGAGACGAUUUGAAAAAAUUCCUCAUUGUCGUGUUCACCCAUAAAGGCAGAUUAGAAGAUGAAAACAUGACUAUUGACGACUUUGUCCGUACGAUGGAUAACAGUUCAAAUCUGAAAGUUUUAAUAGAUGAAAUACACGAGAGAUAUACCGCCAUUGGAUAUAAGGGUCGACAUGAAGAGCGAGAGAAGGAAGUACGCCAUAUACUGUACAUGAUCGAGAAAAUGGGUGAAAGCAACGGUCACUCAUACUACAGUGACGAUAUAUUUAAAAGAGUUGAAAGUAUCAUCCGAGAAAAUGAAAGGAAAAACCUUGAAAACUUAAAGAGCAAAGAAAAAACGUACACACAAGAAGAAGUCAUGCUUUUAUUGAAUGCAGCAAGAUCCAACUCUAGAGUCGAAAUUAUAAAUACCAACCAACAAGAGAAAGGACUGCUUUCACAGAUUGUCUCGACUGUAGGGUCUGUUCUCAUUGCUACAGGAAGGUUUGCUACAAAUGUAGUUGGUUCGUUUGUUUCUUAUGUGGGUGGCUGGUUUGGAUUUUGACACGUAUAUUUUUUUCCGGUAGUUGUUUUGGUAUCACAACUGUUUUAAAUUAUUAAUUUAAAAUCAAUUUGUUGUUUUGAAAUACUCAUAAUUAUAAA